UAGUUCAUUUAGCAUUGUCUAUUUGACAACAUCAUUAAUUUACGUUUACAAUGAAGUGUGUUAUUUUGGCUGGAGGCCACGGGACGCGCCUCCGGCCGCUUACAUUAACGGUUCCUAAGCCCAUGAUACCAUUCUGUAACCGUCCUAUAGUGGAAUAUCAGAUAAAAGCCAGUAAGGAGGCUGGAGUUGACCACAUUAUUUUAGCUAUAUCGCAUGAGCAAAAUAACAUGGUGCCAAUGAUAAAGGAACUUAGUGAAAGGUGCAAUAUCCGUAUCGACUGUUCAAUUGAGAAGGAGUCACUAGGAACAGCUGGGCCUUUGAAACUUGCCAAAAAUCUCAUUUGUGAUCCUGCUGAUAAUUGCAAAGAAUUUUUAGUGCUAAAUAGUGAUAUAAUCUGCAGCUACCCCUUCGCCGAAAUGAUAUCCGCGCAUCGCAAGAAUAAUGCAGAUGCUACAAUACUUGUAACCAAAACUACACACCCAAGUGAUUUUGGUGUUAUUGUACAUGACGAAACAUACCGCAUUCAUGAAUUUGUGGAGAAACCAUCGCAAUUCAUCUCUAAUCAGAUCAAUGCAGGUAUAUAUGUCCUGAACAAAAACAUGCUAGACUAUAUACCCGACGGUAGCGUAUCUAUCGAGCGCUACUUAUUUCCUACCAUGGUCGCUAUGGGACGGACUUACUGCCACCCUCUUAAUGGGCUUUGGGCAGACAUUGGAAAGCCUUCCGAUUACAUCCGAGCGCAGCAGCUUUAUUUAACAGGCCGACCUAAAGACGAAGAAAUCAUGAUGCUAAGAUGUGAAGGUGACAGUGAAGAUGAUUACAUAAAAGAGUCACAUGUAAUGUUAAAGACACAAGGCGGCCUGUUAGUGAGGCUGCGUAACGUAAACAACAGUGCCAUGAAAGAUCCAUUAGAAGGUGAACCAGCGGAUAUAUCGUCAUUCUCAUUCAUCGGAGCUAAUGUGAUUAUACGACCACCCGUUAUUAUCCAUCCUACUUCAAGCAUAGGACGAGGAUGCGUCCUAGGCCCAAAUGUAUGUAUAGGCCCAAACACUGUUGUCGGUGAAGGUUGUAGAAUUGUCAGGACGACUAUUCUAGACGGCGUUCGGCUUAAUGGCCAUGUCUAUAUAGAAGGCAGUAUUAUAGGCUGGGAAUCACAACUUGAAUCAUGGGCGCGUAUAGAAGGUCUUACUGUACUAGGGAAAGACGUUAAGGUGGGAGAAGGGCUAUUCGUCAGGGGUUCCAUUGUCCUUCCUCACAAGUCCAUCACUACCAGUGUCUAUGAAAGUGGCACUAUAAUAAUUUAAAAUGGUGUUGGAGUCAGCCCC